UUAGCGCUCCUGGGGCUCCCGGGCCGCCCGUGCUGUCUGAGCCGCGGGCAGUGGCGCCCACCCGCGCCUCCUGCGUCAUGGCAGCGUCUGGGAAGCUCAGCACUUUCCGCCUCCCGCCUUUGCCCACCAUUCGAGAAAUCAUUAAGUUGUUCCGAUUGCACGCCAUGAAGCAGCUCUCUCAGAACUUCCUGCUGGACUUGAGGCUGACAGAUAAAAUUGUGAAGAAAGCUGGCGACCUGACAAACGUUCACGUGUAUGAAGUGGGUCCCGGCCCGGGCGGGAUCACCAGAUCCAUUCUUAACGCCGGCGUGGCUGAGCUGCUGGUGGUUGAGAAGGACAGUCGGUUUAUCCCUGGGUUACAGAUGCUUUCCGAUGCAGCACCUGGAAAACUCAGGAUCGUCCAUGGAGAUGUGUUGACAUUUAAGGUAGAGAAGGCCUUCCCCGGAACUCUGAAAAGAAACUGGGAGGAUGACCCGCCGGAUGUCCAUAUUAUUGGAAACCUGCCUUUCAGCGUGUCCACGCCACUCAUCAUCCAGUGGCUGGAAAACGUUUCUCAGCGGGAUGGGCCCUUCACGUACGGCAGAACCCCGAUGACGCUCACAUUUCAGAAGGAAGUGGCAGAGAGACUCGUAGCCAGCACCGGCAGCAAGCAGCGGAGCCGCCUGUCCGUGAUGGCCCAGUACCUCUGCCACGUCCAGCACCUCCUGACCAUUCCAGGCCGGGCCUUCGUGCCCAAGCCAGAGGUGGAUGUGGGCGUGGUGCGCUUCGUCCCGCUGACCCAGCCCCGCAUCCAGCAGCCCUUCAAGCUGGUGGAGAAGGUGGUCCAGCACGCGUUCCAGUUCCGCCGGAAGUACUGCCACCAUGGGCUCGGGAUGCUGUUCCCGGAGGCGCGGCGCCCGGAGAGCACAGAGGCGCUGCUGCAGCGGGCGGACGUGGAGCCCACCCUGCGGCCCGCCCACCUCUCCGUCCCCCACUUCCAGCGCCUCUGCGACACCUACCGGGACAUGUGCGACCGGGACCCUCGCCUCUUUGCGUACAACUUCCGAGACGAACUCAAGCAGAAAAAGAGCCAGCCCCAGCCCAGAGAGGCCGGGGGUGGGAGUGACAGCCCGUAACGGGGACAGGGAGCUCACACCUGCUCCGACUCACUCCCCUGUCACGGGACACUCCGGUGGGGAAAAACAGGAUCAAGACACAGGCCCCCUGGGGGGCUGGAGCGACAGCACAGCGGGUAGGGCAUUUGCCUUGCACUCGGCCGACCCAGGU